UGUGAAACUGAAAGUUGUAACUAACCUACGUGACAACAGGAAAUUGAAUAAUAAUCUAGAUCUAGGCUAGUGUACUGUGUACUCAAGUUUUAAAAUGCAACAGUAUGUAUUCGCACUGAGUUUUGUUUUACUGGCAACUGUAAUAAUUUUUCGUUAUGUGCAAACUGCACAGGAAGAUCCAUAUAUGGAUGAGAUUUUUCAUGUGCCUCAAGCGAUGCAGUACUGCUCUGGAAAUUUUUCCUCUUGGGAUCCAAUGAUAACAACUUUACCAGGGCUUUAUCUGAGUUCUUUUGUCAUGUUGCUUCCAUUUGCAAUGGGACAAGGCUUCAACUUAUCUGAUAUUUGUACAACUUACAACUUAAGAGCUUGCAAUAUUGCCUUUUGUGUUGGAAACUUCAUACUUUUAUAUUUCUUGAGCAAAAAGUUGCAUUUGAGUACAAAAAUUCAAGAAAAAGCUGAGCUACGGAUUGUCUUCAAUUCUUUAGUCCUUGGAUUUCUCCCUUUCCUUUACUUUUUUUCAUGGCUAUAUUAUACUGAUCCUGGAGCAACUUUUUUUACACUUCUGACAUAUUUAUUUUGUCUUAAGAAACAGUAUGGAUUUUCAGCAACUGCAGGUGUCAUUGCAAUUGUUUUUCGGCAAACAAAUGUUAUUUGGAUUGUGUUUUGCUUAUGUAUUGCUGAAUUUGAAAUUAUUGAAAGUGAUAUGCAGUGUAAUGUGCAUUUAGAAAAAAAUCAAGAUUUUGAUUAUUUGAAAGCUAUUCUUAAGACAUACUGUUUGAACAUGUAUAGCUUAAUAACUUUAGUUAAAAAAUCUUUUGUAAAAUUAUGGAUGUAUUUGUUCGUCUUAUGUGGUUUUAUCAUUUUUGUUAUACUAAAUGAUGGCGUUGUUGUAGGAGAUAGGACUCAUCAUAAAGCUUCAUUCAAUUUUCCUCAAGUUUUUUAUUUUUCUUUGAUUACAUCAGCACUUUCAGUCCUUCAUAUCACAAAUCUAACAAUAUUAAAUUCGUUUUUUAAAACUAUUUGUAAAAAUCCAUUUAGGUUAUUGCUGUUUGUUUUAGUAUCAAGUUUACUCAUUAGUAAGUUUACGUAUGAACACAAAUACCUGUUAAGUGACAACAGACAUUAUACAUUUUAUGUAUGGUCAAAGUUUUUUAGAAGAUUUCCGGUAGUAAGGUAUGCCCUAAUUCCUGCAUACUUGUAUUGUAUUUAUUCUUUUUAUAAACUGACAAUUGAAAGAGGCAUUUUGUGGCAUCUUGCAACCCUUUUCUGCAUUACAGCAUGUUUAGUACCUCAAAUGCUGCUUGAAUUUCGUUAUUUUAUAAUUCCAUUUUACAUCCUGAGGUUAAACAUCAAGCUGCCCUCAUUAUCAACAUUGGUUAUUGAACUAUUAUUUAAUAUUUGUGUAAAUGUAUUUACAGUUUAUAUGUUUGUGAAAAGACCUUUCUAUUGGCCUGAUGAUCCCAAUCCCCAAAGAUUCAUGUGGUAAAAUGAAUUGUUGAGAAUUAAAAUAAACUUGUUGUUGUUGCAAAA